AUGCCGCCCACACUCGAAAAGAUCAAUACCAAUCCUCCCCCAUCUGCGAGCAAAUCUAAGACCACUAUGACUCCCGUCACCCACAAGCACUUGUCCGACGAAGAGAUCCAGGCGUACAAGGAUGUCUUUGCCCUGUUUGACAAGGAUUCAAGUGGCACCAUCACGGCGCAAGAACUCGGUGAAAUUAUGAAGUCUCUUGGCCAGAACCCGUCCGAUUCAGAGUUGCAGGAUAUGAUUAAUGAGGUUGACGUCGAUCGUUCCGGCAGCAUAGACUUUGACGAAUUCCUCCAAAUGAUGUCCACAACUGUCAAGGCGCAAGACUUUGCUCAUGAGACCCGUGCCGCAUUCAACGUCUUCGACAAGGAUGGGUCUGGUACCAUCUCUGCCGACGAGCUGCGUCAGGUGAUGAAAUCUCUUGGAGAAAAUCUGACGGAUAAUGAGAUCGACGAGAUGAUUCGCGAGGCGGAUAAGGACAACAAUGGAACGAUAGACUACGAGGAGUUCGUGCAGCUCCUAUCCCCCAAACCAUAA